ACCGGAAGUGCGGCGCACGGCUUCCGGUGCGCGCGGAUGACGCGAAGCCCGGACUUCCGCCUUGUGGAGCCGGCGGCGGAGCCCGGGAAGCGGAGACCCCGGGUCCCGGCAGCGGGGCUGCCCGCGGGCCCAGGGCGGGGAUGCACCGCCGAGGAGUAGGAGCCGGCGCUAUCGCCAAGAAGAAGCUUGCCGAGGCCAAGUAUAAGGAGCGAGGGACUGUCCUGGCGGAGGACCAGCUGACCCAGAUGUCGAAACAGUUGGACAUGUUUAAGACCAACCUGGAAGAGUUUGCCAGCAAGCACAAGCAGGAGAUCCGGAAGAAUCCUGAGUUCCGUGUACAGUUCCAGGACAUGUGUGCAACCAUUGGGGUGGAUCCUCUGGCCUCUGGAAAAGGAUUUUGGUCUGAGAUGCUCGGCGUGGGGGACUUCUAUUAUGAACUGGGUGUCCAGAUUAUCGAAGUGUGCCUGGCGCUGAAGCACCGGAAUGGAGGUCUGAUAACUCUGGAGGAACUGCAUCAACAGGUGCUAAAAGGAAGGGGCAAGUUUGCUCAGGACGUCAGCCAAGACGACCUGAUCAGGGCCAUCAAGAAACUAAAGGCACUUGGCACUGGCUUCGGCAUCAUCCCUGUGGGCGGCACUUACCUCAUUCAGUCUGUUCCAGCUGAGCUCAAUAUGGAUCACACUGUGGUGCUACAGCUGGCAGAGAAAAAUGGCUAUGUGACUGUCAGUGAAAUCAAAACCAGUCUUAAAUGGGAGACUGAGAGAGCGCGGCAAGUGCUGGAACACCUGCUGAAGGAAGGACUGGCCUGGCUGGAUUUGCAGGCCCCGGGGGAGGCCCACUACUGGCUGCCAGCUCUCUUCACUGACCUCUACUCCCAGGAGAUUACUGCUGAGGAGGCCAGAGAAGCCCUCCCCUAGCCAAGUGGAAGGGCAAACGGCACCAGGCAGGGAGCGGGGAGGGCCUACUGGCAAAUAAACCUGGGUAGUUUUGUUUAUAAAAAAAAUAGAAAAAAGUUCCAAGGUCUUCUUUCUUCCCC